AUGGCCUUUGUACCCACAGCCUCAGGGAUGGGCUACCUGAAGCUGCUGAUAGUGAAGGACUUCAAGUCCUGGCGUGGGGAGCAGCUGAUCGGCCCCUUCAUGAGGUUCAACUGCAUAAUUGGGCCCAAUGGAUCAGGAAAAUCUAACAUAAUGGAUGCUGUUAGUUUUGUGCUGUGUGAAAAGAUAUCUAAUUUGCGAGUUAAAAGUGUUCGAGAACUAAUUCACGGAGCACAUGUUGGCAAACCAGUUUCUUCUACAGCAAGUGUAAAGAUAGUAUACUGUGAAGAAGAUGGGGAAGAAAAAACAUUUUCAAGAGUUAUCCGUGAUGGUUGUUCAGAAUAUAUUUUCAAUGAUAAGUCUAUUACCCGGUCCGCUUACAUAUCUGAGCUUGAAAAAAUAGGCAUACUUGUCAAAGCUAGGAAUUGUCUUAUUUUUCAGGGAACAGUAGAGUCAAUUGCAAUGAAGAAGCCAAAAGAAAGAACUCAACUUUUUGAACAAAUCAGUAACUCAUGGCAAUAUGCUGAGGAAUAUGAAAAAAAAAAGAAAAAAAUGCAGCAAGCAGAAGAGGAUGCACACUUCAAUUAUAACAAGAAAAAAAAUAUUGCAGCAGAACGCAAGCAAGCAAAGGUAGAGAAAGAAGAGGCAGAGCAUUACCAGAUGCUUGUCAGAGAACUGAAUGCAAACAGGAUACAGCUUCAGCUUUUCCAGCUCUAUCACAAUGAAAGAAGCAUUGAAUCUCUGAAAGAGAGUUUGGAUGAAAAGAAUAUGGAAGCUAGGGUCAAGAAAGACUCCCUUUCUACAGCAGAAGAUGCCUUUAGAGCAAAGAAAAAGGUGCUUGGUGUACUAAACAGAGACCAACAACACAUAGAAAGGGAAAUGAAGACUCUUCAGGCAUCCCUAAUUCAGCAGAAAGCCCUCUAUAUAAAAGCGAAGGAAAAUACUUCCUACCAAAUCAAGAAAGUAGAAAUGUCUAAAAGAUCUCUAAGGGACAAGGAGAAAUACUGUGAUAAGGAAAAACAGAACAUAAAAGAACUGGAGAUAGAAUUGCAUGAUACUGAAAAGGCAUGGAGAGAAUUUGAGAAGGAGACUGAAGAGGAGAUAUUGCUGAGAGUAGAACGUGUUGAGCUGAGAGAACGUCAGCUGGAGCGCUAUAAAGAACUAAAGGAAAUUGCAAGAAGGGAAGUAGCUAUGCUAACACAGCAGCUAGGUAAACUUCGUUGGGAGCAAAAAGCAGAUGAAGAAAGGAUGAAACUUUAUCAGAGGAAGAAAAAGGAAAUUAAGGAAACCAUUGUACAGACUGUGGAACAGAUAGAAGAGUAUAAGAAAAAAGUAGAGAAGCUGGAAGAAUAUACUAAGAAAUGCACUGAGUCACUGGCAGAAGAAAAAAAGAAGGAGGAAAUGCUAGCUAAGGAAAUGGAGAAUUCAACAACACGAAUAGCUGAAGUGAACGAAGAAUUGAACAAAAUAGUUGGUGAACUACAGAAUGCCAGAAUUGAUUACCAUGAGGGAAAGCGUCAGCAAAUGAGAGCGGAGAUUGUUGAAAGCCUUAAAAGACUGUAUCCAGACUCUGUGUUUGGAAGAUUGCUUGAUCUGUGCCAUCCUAUUCAUAAGAAAUAUCAGCUUGCUGUUACCAAAGUAUUCAGCAAAUAUGUGACUGCUAUUGUUGUUGCCACUGAAAAAACAGCAAGAGAUUGCAUUCAGUUCCUAAAACAAGAACGAGCUGAACCUGAAACUUUCCUUGCUUUGGAUUACCUUGAGGUCAAGCCCAUCAAUGAGAGGUUAAGAGAGAUAAAAGGAGCUAAAAUGAUUGUGGAUGUUGUGCAGACUCCAUUUGCUCCAUUGAAAAAAGUGAUUCAGUUUGUGAGUGGGAACGGCUUGGUCUGUGAAACAGUUAAAGAAGCAAGACAAAUAGCAUUUGAUGGACCAGUGAGAUUGAAGACAGUGGCACUUGAUGGGACAUUAUUUCUGAAAUCUGGAGUGAUUUCUGGAGGAUCUAGUGAUUUAAGAGUUAAAGCUAGAUGCUGGGAUGAUAAAGAAAUAAAGAAAAUGAAAGAAAGAAGAGAUACAUUGAUUACCGAGUUGAAGGAUUUAAUGAAGAUAAAACGCAAGGAAGCUGAUUUGAAACAGUUGCAAGCUCAGUGCCGUGGAACUCAGACACGACUUAAAUACUCACAGAGUGAACUAGAUCUUAUUAAAAAGAAACAUCUUCCUAAUCUCUAUAUGGAAAAGUCAAAGCUGGAAAGUGAACUGGUAAAUACUGAGUCUCAGCAUGAUAUGAUAAAGGAAGGAGUAGUACAAAGAAAACUAAAACUAGAAGAAUUACAGAAGCAGAUUAAUGAGGCAGAAGAUGCUGUUUUCCAAGAAUUCUGUGAAGAAAUUGGCAUUGAAAAUAUACGUGUGUAUGAACAAGAACAUGUGAAAAAACAAGAAGAGAUUGAUAAGAGAAGGUUGGAGUUUGAAAAUCAGAAGACACGACUAAGUGUGCAGCUGGAAUAUAAUCGUGAGCAUCUACAGAAACUAAUAGAAACCGUCAGCAAGUUAAGGGAUACUAUUAAUAAAGAUGAAUCUGAGAUUACUGGAUUACAGAAGGAUGAGGAAAAGCAUCUAAAAAAGGUGAAAGAAAUUGAGGAGGAGGAGCAGCAUCUUAAAGAUAGAUUAAGUGUUCAGAAAUCUGAGAUUAUAAAAACCCAAAGUGAAGCAGAGGAGUUGAGAAAAACAUUUUUAACUCUUAAUAGGGAAGCUGCAAAAUUACAAAAGGAAGCUGCAGCUAUAGAAGCUUCUCUGGAAGAUAAAAGAUUAAGAAGACAUAAUAUGCUUCUAGAAUGCAAGGUGCAGGACUUGAAAAUACGUCUCCUGUCUGGAUCGUUGGAUGACAUCAGUGAAAUAGAGCUAGGAACUGAAACAGAGGACACUCAGACUACAGGUAUCUAUGAAAAGGAAGAGGCAAUUAAAAUAGACUACAGUAGCCUACCUAAGGAACUGAAGGACCUAGAGUCUGAUAAAGAGAUAGAGGCUCAUCUGAACCAGAUUCAGCAGGAAAUAAAAUCUAAGGAGAGCAUCUUAAUGAAGACAGCUGUUCCAAACCUGAGAGCAGUAGAGAAAUUACAAAUAGCUCGGACCAAAUUCCAAGAAUCAAUGGAAGCUUUUGAGACCAGCAGAAAGGAGGCCAGAAUAUCCAAGCAAGAAUUUGAAGAGGUGAAAAAAAGGAGAUAUGAACUUUUUAGCCAGUGCUUUGAGCAUGCAUCCAUAGUUAUUGAUCAGGUCUACAAGAAACUUUGCAGAAACAGUAGUGCACAGGCAUUCCUUAGUCCUGAGAAUCCUGAGGAGCCUUACCUGGAAGGCAUAGGCUUUAAUUGCGUGGCACCCGGAAAGCGCUUUAUGCCAAUGGACAGUUUGUCAGGAGGAGAAAAAACUGUAGCCGCUCUGGCUCUUAUAUUUGCUGUACACAGUUUUCGGCCUGCACCGUUUUUUAUUUUAGAUGAGAUAGAUGCUGCCCUGGAUAACACAAACAUUGAUAAAGUAUCAAUUUUCAUUAGGGAACAGGCACAUAAACAAUUUCAAACGGUAGUUAUUUCUCUGAAGGAAGAGUUUUAUUCCAAAGCAGACGCAUUGAUUGGAGUGUGUCCAGAGCAUGAUGACUAUGUGUUCAGUCGAGUACUGACUUUGGAUCUUACCCAGUUUCCAGAGGAUGAAGAAGAAACAGAGAAUAACAAACGCAGAUCUUCAGAAUAAAAGCAUGGAUGGAUUUAGGGUCAGGAGGCAGG